AUGACUGAAAAUCUUCGCAACACGGGAUUGCACAAUGGCACGUUUAAAUUUAGUGUUUGGGAAAAUUCUGAAUAUUCUGACUCGAAUAACAGAUUGAAACAUCAGCGUGUCGUGACCAAUGUCUGGAAAAUAAAUUUCCCCUUGCAUUGUUUUAAUGAAGAUGAAGUUUUAAUACAACAUAGAACUAAGAUGGAUAAGUAA